UUUGACGUCGCCUUUUAUGAUUUAUGAAUGUUUGAACACAUCCGGCUUGAAAUUUGUAUUCUUUAAUUCAAUGCCCUUAUGGUUGCUCUAUGGUAUGUUAUUCUAGGUUUUUACGAUGGGAGAUCUUGGCGUGGAGGAGAAGUUAUCAUGCGAAGAUGGCUUCAAACAGUACAUUAUGGUUAAAAAGGACAGGAAGAUCAUAUGUCGAACACAGUGUCUCAAUCCACCUGCCAAUAUGCCUGCAGUUUGGAAUAUAACAGACAUUGUCCGACAAGAAACGUUGGACUUCCUCUCUGGGUUAUCCCGCUGCUUGUUACGUCGUGCUCCAGAAACUUCUCAUCAGGAAAGGGAGUGGGGAGAAUUCCUUGGUUUCCUUCAGAAACACAAAAGGGUUGCUACUGGAAAUCAUGAGUGCUUUCAAUUUUUCAUACUUCCUCCCAAAGAAGGCUCAGGAUUCAGUUGUACAUUUGCUUGUUACCGGGAGAGGGAAAAACCAAGUGAAUGUCUUGUAGGUAAGGCCUCUGGAUCAACUUCUAAAGUGAUCAAGGAUGCUUGUUCUCCCUCCAAUGAGGAUGCUGUUGUAGGUGCCCAAACUUGUGAUUUGUCAGCCAAAGCUAGCGGACGACCUGAGAAAACAAAUCAACACAAUCUUUCCUUGGAGAGUAAUUUUGCGCGUGCAGAUCCUAGUUAUUUGAAAACUCUAGGUCACACUCAUUCUGGUUGGAUUUUUGGAGCAAUCGCUGAGUUUGUGGACAAUUCUAGAGACGCCAAAGCAACUAAGUUGGAAAUUUCUAUUGACAUGAUAUUUUCAAAAGCGGUCGGCAGAGAAAUUCCUAUGCUAUGCAUUAUAGACGAUGGGUGUGGAAUGAACCAUCAGGAGAUGCUUCAGAUGGUAUCAUUUGGACACAGGCAACCUGAUGCCGAUGACGCUAAUCGUAUUGGGAGAUUUGGGAUUGGUUUUAAGACUGGGGCAAUGAAACUUGGGAAAGAUGCGUUGGUUCUGACACAGACUACUAACUCUAGAUCAAUUGCUUUCCUUUCCCAGACACUAAAUGAAGGAAAAAAUAAUCUAGAGAUACCCAUUGUAAGCUACUACAGGAAUGGGCAACUUAUGGAGCUGGAUAAGAAAAAUGAGACUUUGUUCAAACACAACUUGAAAGCCAUUAAGAAAUUUUCACCAUUUGAUAAGUACUUCAUUGGUCAAAAAGUAGGUCUGUUCAGUAAGGAUGGCACAGGAACACAUAUCUAUAUCUGGAAUCUGGACGAGUGGGGAUCGAAUUAUAGCCUGCAAUGGGAGUCUGGAAUAACUGGGGGGAGCUCCUUCCAUCAGGGUGAUAUUCUCAUUCGUUCUAGACGGGUCAGAGCUCGUCCAGGCCAGAUGACUCAAAUGGUUCCUUUGGACUAUUCACUUAGAUCUUAUUUGGAAGUGAUCUUUCUUGAUCCACGGAUAAAAAUAUAUGUCCAAGGAUCACAGGUUAAAAGCCGACCAUUAGCAAGAUCUCUGAACAAGACUGUUGUGGAAAAUGGUACUAUUAUGGGAAAAUCGGUUCAACUUACACUGGGUUGCAGUCAAUUGGAAUGGGAAGAAGCAAAUUGUGGAAUGUUUCUGUACUGGCAUGGACGUCUAAUAGAGGCUUACAAAAGAGUUGGGAGUAUGAUGCAUAAUGGAGAUAAAGGUCGUGGUGUCAUUGGUGUUAUUGAUGUAACAAAUUUAAUGGCUGAUGAUAAUGGACAUGUUUGGGUGCACAAUAAUAAGCAAGGAUUCCAGGACUGUGAAGUAUAUGCUGAAUUGGAGAAGUGGUUGGGUGAAAAAUCAGACAAAUACUUGGAUGAACACGUUGAUAAAGUUGAAUUGAGCUGGAUCCGUAAAAUGGGCAAGUAAAAUUCAGAGAAGCAAUGAUAAGCAAGGCAAAAGAAAACCUUUGUAGAAAAAAUAUCAGUUGAGUGAUGCUAGAGUAAAGUUGUCCCAAGGGAUCAUUGCUCAUGCGCCGUUGGUUUCCCCUUUUGAAGAUUGAUGAAGUGAUUUAUCAUGUUUCCAUACCCACUAGGUAUGUGGCACAGAAAUUGUUUUAUGAGGUUCAUUUGAUUACAAAUAAAGCAUGAGGAAAACGUUCAAAUGUUUCUGCUUCACGUGUAAUUCGUUAAAACUAUUUCUAGAAAUUGAAAUUCACAAUGUAGUAAUCUGUGAGUGUGAUUAUCCUGACUACUGCCUACAUAGGCAGAAGUAUGCCUUUACUUUCAUCUCGAUAUGAGGCCUUGCAAAGAAAAGUACCAUUAUCUUUGCAAAAUUCCCUUUUUGAAAUAUCAGUACAUUCACAAUCCAACUUUGCCGGCAUUUCUGAGACUGAUCGAAGCAGGGAGAAGGGAUCUCUCUUAUUUGUCUCGAGUCUUUCUGUAGCCUUUCUAUUGCUCUUUUUGGUUUUAGAGUUCAUGGUUCAUUGUUGUCGAAGAU